UCGAGACAGGUCGCCCUCGAGCCAGGCCACUCCCCGCUCGACUGGGCUCGCCUUGCCCAGUCGCCCACCUCCGACCUGCGCGGCCUGGGCCCCGACGCCCCGUACUUGCGCGUCACCCCGAGCAUGCUGCGCCAGCAGAACGGCCGCAAGGGGCGCGACGCCUGGACCGCCUUUGGCGGCAAGGUCUACAACAUCCACCCUUAUAUCCCCUUCCACCCCGGCGGCGGGCCCGAGCUGCUCCGAGGCGCCGGCAAGGACGGCACAAGGUUGUUUGCCGAGGUUCACCCUUGGGUCAACUAUGAGACCAUGCUGCAGUCCUGUUUGAUCGGCCUGCUGGUGGAGGAGAAUGAAUCCGGGAACAAGAUGGAGGAGAUGGACUGA